GGGGACUGAUCUAGGGUUUGUGCCUCUGCAUCAUAUAAAUAUCAAUUUUUGAGUAUUGAGCUGAACCCUAUUUUUCUCUCACUCUUCACUCUGCAGCAUCACCGUUCUUCGUCUCAAACACUCAAAUGGCUAUCACCUUCUCAAAUCUACACACCGAAGAGGGCCUCAAAUCCCUCGAUCAAUUCCUCUCUGGGAAGACUUAUAUUUCUGGGGAUCAAUUGACAAAGGAUGAUAUCAAAGUGUAUGCAUUUGUUGUGGGAAAGCCAGGUGACUCUUUUCUCAAUGCUGCCAAGUGGUACGAUGUUGUCUCUUCCCAUCUUGCUAAAAGCUUCCCGGGGAAUGCUCAAGGGGUAAAAUUCAGUGGCAAAGCUGCUCCAGCUGAAGCUGCACCUGCCAAAGCGGUUGCUUCAGCUGAAGCUGAAGAUGACGAUGAUCUUGAUCUCUUUGGUGAUGAGACCGAGGAGGAUAAGAAGGCAGCGGAGGAAAGGGAGGCUGCUAAGAAGUCCACCAAGAAGAAAGAAAGUGGCAAAUCUUCGGUUCUGCUUGAUGUUAAGCCUUGGGACGAUGAGACUGACAUGAAGAAGCUGGAAGAGGCUGUUCGUAGCGUUGAGAUGCCCGGCUUAUUGUGGGGAGCAUCAAAACUGGCUCCAGUGGGAUACGGGAUCAAGAAGUUGCAGAUCAUGAUGACCAUUGUUGAUGACCUUGUAUCUGUGGACUCUCUCAUUGAGGAACAUCUCACAGUUGAGCCAUGCAAUGAGUAUAUCCAAAGCUGUGACAUUGUUGCAUUCAACAAAAUUUAAGUUUUCUUUUUGAACUUUUGAGUUUAGCCAUUUUGAAGCGGCUGAUAAGUCUGUUAUUCUCUGAACCCUCUUUCAUCGUUCAUGUUUGGUCUGUCUCAAUGGUAGUGAUUUUGUUGCAAGAAUUGUGAGAAGUAAAAGAGAUAUGGAUAUAUUAAGUAUUCAUGUUAUGGUGUAACUUCCAAUGUUAUUCUUGUAUUAUUAUUGUCUGUGAGAUUAACAUAACUGAACGAUGUGCUUCUUCCAUUUAAUUUAUGAGAAGUUUCUCAA